AUGCUCACCGCUAAUCACGGUCACGGGCAUACGGCCGGAAAUGAAGCAGAGCGAGAUUAUGCUUCUAGUAAUAACAACAACAACAAUAGCUGGCACUACACCGAUGCAAACUACCACACCAACUACAGUGGCUACGAACCAAAAGAUGUUCCGAGGCAGAUCAGCUCAACGGCAGCCAACGACAAGACUGAGGACCCGAAACAUACACCCAAAGAAACGCCGCUAGUCAGCACCGCAAAUGUGUCGAUCGCAGUCGAUCAAGCAACGAGUGUGCUGAACGACACCAGCCGCCGGUCCUGUGCUGCUCGUCCAAUGAAUGCGUUUCUCAUGUUCUGUAAAAGACACCGACGGACGGUUAGCCAACACCAUCCCCUGAAAGAGAAUCGGUUUAUCACCAAAGUUCUUGGGGAAUGGUGGAAACAGCUGCAGAAAGAACAGAAAGAGCCCUUCGAGAAGCUGGCCCAGGAGCACAAAGAUCACCUGCUCCUUAACGGAUAUCGCUGGUGCAAGCAAGUUACCGCAGAGCCAGAGACUAACAGCCUUCACACAAGGCCAGCCCAGGCAGUACAAAGCGCCAACGACAUAGUACCUGACGAGACAGACGAUCCACAGAGCCAGGGAUGCCUAGAGGCAGCCCAUUGCCUAAUUCAACUGGCGAGCGGUCAUUCGCCGAGAACCGAAUUCAGGCUCGCCGAUGAAUCACAGAUGGGGGGUCUUAGUGCGCUACUACUGAACACUAACUCAAUCCAAAGGGCAGCUGAUCCCGUGCUACCAAUCGAUUCGUGCGUCGAUCAUACAGCCGGAAAUGCACAAGAAGUGAUGGAGGACGAUGGUGGACCGUGGCGGAUGAACACGCAUAUGGAACCUUGCCACAAUAUGCGAUUAGCUUUCGUGCGUGCACCACGGAAACUAAAAGCGAAACGAUAUCAGGAAUAUAUGCUAGAGAAACAGUUGGCAUCAUCCGUGCGCAAACCGUCUGUUAAGAGUAAAGCUUCAUCCACAGCCACCUCACAGGCCGCAUCGACGAUGGUGAACGACACAUUGGUAAACACGGCCUCUAAGUGUAACGAAGGCACCGAGGUAGUUCGCCGCAGUCCACCGUCCAUUCGCCCAUCCGCCGCCUUCCAUCCGCACAGUCCAGUCGCAUUGUUGGACUUGGAGAAGCGGAUAAACGAUCUGCCUUGUUUAAAUUUCACUGAGUACCUUGACAAGAAAAAGGAUCAAAAGAAGCGCAAAAAGCCCUACGCUUUUUCAUCGAACCGGUUCAAGAGCACCACAAAGGCCUCGUUUAUUCCAAGUACAAACGACCUCACACCGAUGUCGCUUCCGGUUGAGGUGAACGCGAUUCCGAGUGAUGCGCCAGCCAGCGUUGCACCGCCAGCAGCUCCUCCGAUGUCGUUCGGCAACCCGGAGAUACCUGAAAAAAUUGUCGGCAGUCGUAAGCGGAAAGCAUCGAAAUUGCAUAUCGUCAGGCUUCACGACCCAUAAUAUUGUGCAGAAUGCUCCCAGCCAUCGGUAUGUCUUAUCCUGGCGAACAUUUUGCCCGAGGUGGUUAAAAUUGUGGCACAGUUAGGAGGAGUUUCGACAAAUGGGUACGCACAACAAACGGGCACUAAAAAAUUAUGUACCAGGAGGAGGAUAAAGUAUAACAAGAGUUAUAUUUAUUUUUAAUGUCCCAGGUUCGAUGUUCGUUUGAUUACAACACCACAGCAUUAUACGUUUUAUCAUAAGAGUUAGCGAGUUUUUAAAACAUCUUAAAAUUGGACAACUCUUCGUUUCCAUUGUACUUGCGCUCUGUGUAGACAACAUAUGUGCAAGCGUUAAGACUUUUGAUUUACUUCCGCUAUUCCACUAUUAUUAAUCGUAGUUUUACCAUACUAAAUGGACGCUUUGUCGCUCGUGAAUGUAGUUUGUGUUUACAGUAUGUUUGAGGGCAAUUGCGAAAAGGAAAACACCACUUGAACCUCGCUUGAUCGCGAUUUAUGUUCUCUUAUAGAAUUAAUGUUGUGUUUUCUUGUUUAGUUUUUUAUGUGGUUUUACUACUGCGCAGUGAACGCAACAAAUGGCGGGAGCGCUUCUUGUGGAAAGUCAUAACAAGUCACACUAAAGAUAAUAGGCUCGAAAAGGAUAACACCGUUCAUUUUUCGAUUGGGUUGAUUCGGUUUUUUGCGUGAUAGUGCGUUUUGAUUUAGGAAAAGUUUUACGGGGUUAUCGAUGCAACCGACUGAUGCCAUGCAUAGAAUUGAAUUACUUCCGAGUGCCGUAAAAGAGUGUCGUAAAAGAGUGUUUUACAUGUUUCUCAUUUUUAUUUUUACAAUACCUCUUUCAUCACACAGUCGUUUUUUCGUUAGUCUUUGUAAUAUUUUCAGUAGCGUCUUCAUUUUGUAUUUAAUAUAAUUUAUUUUGUACGAUACUACACAGCACCAGCGCUAGUCCCGAACAGGCAGAAUGGUUAAUAGCGAUUACCAGAAACAGCUUAGUUCUGAUGAAGUUUUGCAGGCAACUUACGUUAUGGUUUAGAGUUGUACUCUUGGCACUGCCAAGAUGUGCCAAGAGUUGCUGUGCUGCUGUGGUUAGUGUCCUGUGCUUAGUUUUGUUAAGGAAGCUCCGUAAAGGAUGGUAGCUGUGAAGCUGUAGAUUUUUCGUUUUCCUAAACACUGCAAGCUUUGCUGAAACACGUCAAUGUCUUUUGGUGUGACUAUUAAAAAAAAGUUGAUGUUCCGACCCCGUCGUUACCGUUACCUUCAGUAUGUGCUGUGCGGCUUUACUCCGUUGUGAAACGAUUGAGUGCGAAGCAGCGAACGUGAUACAAGUUGUUGUCGAACAACGGAGGGAGUUUGAUUUGGUUUUGUGUAUUUCCCUUGGGAAGAGUAGGAGCUACACUAGGUUAAGACAUCCGGCCUGUGAGGGCCACGAUACCAAGAGGUAAAUUCACAUGCAAAUUUGUGAACACUGUUUACGAAAAGAAAAGGAAGUGGUAAAUGGACGGUGAAACAGCUAGUUAGAAGUGCGGCCUUAACCGAUUGAAGAAACAGAAAUUUACGAAACGAAAAAACAAUUAAAUAAAAGAGGACCAACUGACCAAAAUCAAUUCAUUACAAUCACACAUCCACUUUGCGAGACAAAACAUACUUAAAAAUGCCUCCCGCGUAAAGAAGAGGCCUUUUUCAUUCCUUUCGUUAAGAUAAGCAAU